AAGGUUCGACUCAUUCCCGUCUCGUUGGUGGAUGUCCAUCUGUUUUGAUCAGCAAGCACUCUUUGUCAGCGUGAAAUCAAGAACCUCUCCUCGAUUGUGUGUCCGCAUCUGAUCCACCGUCCGUUUCUUAAAAGAACCCCGCGCUGCUGACGAUUGGAUCGAAGCUUUUACAACAAUAUGCAAGCGACGCAGCACCCCAAGAGCUUGGUUGCAGGCCAGGGCCACAGCGGGUCCAUCGCUACUCCGCCCCCCUCAGGAGCAUCUUCGACGCCAAGCAGCAGUCAGCAGCAACAGCGACGCACGAUUUACUCUUAUCAACCGGCUCUGAACAUGCCACCUUCCACACCCCCGCACUCGCUGGAGAGCGUCGCGAGCUCAACAAGCGGCACCAUCAGCAGUCGCCGCCGCCGCGAGAUGGGACCUCGCGCUGGGGAUAUCACUGCCGCUGUAACCCCAUCAUAUGGCCCGUUCCUUGCAACGCCCGCCUCAAUCUCUGCAGCCGAAACAGAUGUGUCUCCCUUCGCUCCCAGCACCUCUUCUUCCGACGCCGGCGCAAUGACAGAUGGACGCCAUCGCAGCGGCAACGCAAAGAGUCGUCGACGAGCAGAGAAGGACGUGCUGGAUACGCCGCGAAAAGGCAGGCGUAUCGCUAAUGUUCAUCUCGGCUGGGGCACACCGCUGCUACCUAGCUCUGACCGCCUUGUACAGCCGCUCAACAACACGCCUGGUAGCGUCGAAGAUCUCCUUGGCGCCGAGGGGGACCAGGAGUACAGCAGCCAAGCGCUUCCGAGGACGCCAAAACCCAUGCCUAAGAGACGCUCCAAGAAGUCUGCAGCUGUCGCACUGGAGGGUAGCAGCAGCCGGCACAGCGCCGCCACUCUCGUACCAGCCAAGUUUUACACUGGUUCAAGCGACCUUUCGUUCUUCUCGCCAGCAGCAGCAGCGUCCAGGGGCAUGUCCAGCGCCAGACCCUCACAUCCUUCGCACCAUCCGCAACAGCAGCCAUCGAAGCACUCGCAGCGCAUUUUGACCAAAGCAACGCUCCACGACUUGCGCGGCUGGGCUACGGCGCUAAGCUUGCAGCAGGCUCCGGACGCCUCUGCACUGGCCUACCUGGCCGCCUCGGGCGAAGGGCGUGGUGAGCACGAAUUGGAGCACGAGGACAGGCAGAGCCAUGAGGACAGGCGUGGAGGCGAGAGCGAUGCGCGCUUUGCGUACGACGAGCGCUACAUGCAACGCAGAGAGCGCUGUGCUCACCAUCCGCAUUCUUACUCAUACCUGCACAACGAGGUGGAAGCGAAUGACCUGCUCGAGGAGUAUCUGGUCGGGUUCAAGACGGACAGCUCACCGCCUACGUCUGUUGCUGUCGUUUCUGCCGGACUCGGUGCAGGCAUGCCGCUGCUAUCCUCCUCUAACGGUAAUGCCACACGCACCGCCUUCCAAGGCUGGCCUGACAGGGACAGCGAUAGCGCACUCUCGCUUGACUCGUUCGCCUCAGCCUCCUUUUCUGCACCCGGCUUACUGGCAGCUAGGAGCGGCGUCACCGACGGAGCGAGAACCAAGAUGGUCGCUAUGCACAUCGAGGGCGUCGGGCGCGUCGCUGUCGCUAGGGCCGUUGCUCCAGCGGUGUCCUCGGCUGCGGCUGCAGCGGCGUUGGCCUCGUCUUCGUCGUGCCAUGCAAACAUAGACAGCACAAGCAGCAGCACAAGCAGCAUGGACACCAGUGCCAGUACGACCGAAAGCGCCAGCACCGCGCUCACGCAGCCAGCCACCACGAGCGCCGGCGCGGAUUCUACAUGUGGAGCUACGACUUUUGCGUCUGCGGCUGCUCGGUGUGCGCCCGCGUCCGCAUCGACUACCAUGUCUGGACCCAGUCCGAGCCUUUCCAUCGCGUCGCAGUUCCCCGCUUCCGAGUGCGGCUCUCCUAGCGUCGUCAGAGCGAGGCACGUCGGUCGGGGAGGCGCCUGCGCUGGCAUGCGUGCAAUGACAAUGAUCAACGGGCUCACACAUAGCGCGCUCGCCGACGCUGCUGGCGAAUUGAGCGAUCGGACCGAGAGACACGUCUCGCUGCUUGGGAGCAUCAUUGCCCGCACGCAGCGGCAGCAAUCGCGGUCACAACAGCAGUCGACAAUGCUCUCGAGCGCAUCAGCAGCAGCAGGGGCGGCGGCGGCGGCGUUCAAGCCGCGUCUCGCUCAUCACCUCUCUCCGCUGCAAGCGCGUCUCCCUGCACUCGACUGGCCCGACAGCCCGUGCGGCCCGUGGUCCGCUGCAAUCGAGCAUGCAAACGCGCGUCGCCUGGAGCGGCUGCAGAUCGUCAAGAUGUGGCUGGCGAGUCACAGUGAUGAGGGUGACGAAGGCGGAGAUGAAGCGGAGGACGAGGAGGCGGAUCAUGAGGCGGUGCUGCAGCGGCAGCACCUCCCUCGUCAACGGAGUCACAGCGACCCUUCUUCCGCUUCCGCUUCAGCAGUCGCCGUACCGGACGACAGUUCUCUGUCUACUUCACAGCAGGCGGUCAGCGAUCGACUGCACGUCGUGCCCCAUCAUCGAACCCGUGGCGCUAGUGGGGAUCGCCUUCGCCAUCCGAUGAUCUCCAAGGCGCUCGCAGACCGCGCGAGGAAGGCAGCCAUCCGCGAAGCAGAAGCAGCGGCCAUCGCUGCGCAGAGCGUCGCUGCGCUUCCGAGCUCAGCUGCGGCCAGCGCCAAAACAGGCGCUUCGUCUGUCAUUCGGGCUGGAGAGGGCAAGCAGGCGAAGAGCAAGGGCAAGGGCAAAGGCAAAGGCUCGAAGCGCGUUAGUAAGCGAAAACGCAUUGAUUCAGACGAGAGAUACAUGGCGCUCUCUACGCCUCUGCCGCUGUCUCGGCAUGAUGCUAGCGCCGCUUUUGUUGGCUGCUUCUGUGGCCUCAACGAAGAGACUGCGCCUAUGGUGCAGUGCGACACCUGCGAGCGGUGGUACCACAUGCCCUGCGUCGGGUUCAAGGACACCGACAAUCCUGAUGAGCAAUGGCACUGCCAUGGCUGCGUAGUCCGAACUAGUGCAAAGACGACCCCCCUCUCAAGCGCGUAUUCCGGUGGGCUCGCCUCGAUCAACACUCCUUCCAUCCUACGCUCGCAUCGUUUCGCCAUCAAUCAAAUGUCGCAGCGGAGCGGCGAACCGGUGUUUGCUCAACCAACCAACUCGCCCAUCGCGGCGCGCUCGGAUGGCCUCGCAUCCGCUCUGGCGCUCGCCCCCAGCCCACCCAUUCUCUCUUCUGCCCGUCAUGGCGCAAGCAGAAACAGCGCCGCUGCCGGCCGUGCACGUGCAGAACGCUUUGGCUGGCAGCUCCACGAGCCGGGCUCCCCCCUGGAGCGCAAGAGCGUCCACUCUGCCUCGCACUCGUGCAUGUCUACUGGCCUUCUCGCCGCCCCUGUGAGCAGCCGUGUGCCCACAGACGUCACCUGCACGCAUCAGCAGGACCCAGUAGUCGCUGUUGCCGAUGCGCAUGCGAUCCCCAACGCGCUUGCCGCUGGCUUGCAGCGCUCAGACUGGAAUUCGCCCAUGCGGACAUCGAGUCGCAACGCUGACAGUUCGCUGCAAUUUGGCUUUGCGUCCACGCCUUCUCGUGGCUCCACUCGAGGCUCGGCGCACAGUGCUUUUGCAGCAGCUGCUCGGCCCGUCCUCGACUCCUCCGAUGACGAGCUCGUCACAGAUGCUGUCGUUGACGAUAUCUUUUCUACGCCUUCUCGAUUGGACCACGGCUCCGUUUGGCCGAGCUCGGUAACACCGCGAGCCGCUGCGCAGACUCCAUCUCGUAGCGCUCGGCUGCGCGAGAACAGCCAUGGAUGGGGCUUACCUGGCGCGCUCAGUACCCCCAGUCGCGAUUUCCUUGGCGGCGUCUUCAGCACGGAGCACUCGGCUUACAGCAUCGGCAUGCCCAGUCUCGUUUACAGUAGCGGAGGUCUGGACCAGCGCGACGUGGGCGACAAGAUGGAUCCUCAAAACCGCGCUUGGCUCCUGCAGUCUCCCAGCUCGUCCACGCGAGCUGCUAGGGCGCGAGGCGUCUCUAACGGCUUCUACGGUUCUUCGCUGCUUCGCACGCCAGAAUUGCACAACCGCACGCUGGGAUCACCCACGGCGCCGAGUGUGUCCUCGGUGCGUGAUACACACCAUGAACGCGAGUCGAGCAACAUCCGCACCGAUCUGUUCUCAUCCAGCCCGCUUAUCAAGACGCCCAGAGGCGAUGACGAGCGUCGAUACCCCGGCGGUGCAUUGAGCUCGCUGAGCGGCAUUCAAAUUCCGGCAUCUUCGAAGAAGCUGGCGCGCAUCGCUGGAAUGGAUCGCGACUCGGACAAAGAGGGCCUCGGCGAGCCGAUGGGCCUGGGUAUUGGAAUUGACUUGGAUGAUGAUGUGUUCAAGUGGAAGGACUGAGCGAGAAAUGCAAGCCUUUACUGCUGGAUCCCGAUCAAGGCUCCAAAGGCGAUUGACGAAGGCACACGAUGCCGCACUCGCCCCUGGUUUGCUGUGAAGGCAACAGAUUAUGGAUGUACUGCACUUCCUGCAUGUCCACAGGACAGACGUAACGUUGCAUAACAAAUAUGUAUCUUACCGAGAUGCAAGCAUAACCAUACAACA